AUGAGUGAAAAAAAAAUUGGAUCAACGUCUUUGGUCCAAAAUUGUCUAUCUCAAAUUAAAAAAUACAAUGAACACGUGAACGCCUUUAUAAAAGUGCAAAAUGAAGAUACGAUAUUGGAGAGGGCCAGAGAGGCAGAGGAUAGAUUUAACAGAGGAAUGGCCAAAGGACCCCUGGAUGGGAUACCCUUAUCAUACAAGGACAAUUUCUGUACUAAAGAAUUGACAACCACCUGUGGUUCCAAUAUGUUACGAGGCUUCACAUCGCCUUACAAUGCUACCGCCGUAGAAUUGCUUCAAGAUGCUGGCGCCAUAAUGAUCGGAAAGACGAACAUGGAUGAAUUUGGAAUGGGUUCGGCAAAUUUGUACAGCGCGUUUGGACCUGUGUGUAAUCCUUACAAGAUUGUGUCAGCACAUAAAGAAAUCAUUGGGAUAGAGCCCAAACGCGUCGCCGGAGGAAGCUCUGGUGGAAGUGCUGCCGCAGUUGCCUCCGGGAAUUCUUAUGAGGAUUAUUACCUUCGGGCACAAAAAAUUCGUAAAUUAAUUCAAUCAGACUUUAAUAAAGUAUUUUCUCGACCCAACCCUCUUCAAAAUUACGACAAAUUCACCUCAACUACAAAUAAUAACACCGACAAGGAGGGUGUGGAUAUCUUGAUCACCCCAGUAGCAAUUUCGGUAUCACCGAAAAUCUCGGAUUAUGCUUUUCCUCCCUCCACGCAAAACGAAUCUAACUCGAACACGUCGAUUACCGCCAAUGGCAAUGAUGCCCCGAGUAACGAUAGCUUCCUGAAUGCCUACGUGAAUGAUGUAUUUACAAUUCCGGCUAAUCUAGCUGGAAUUCCCGCCAUAAGUGUACCAUUUGGAAUUUCAGAGACUGACGGUUAUCCGAUUGGGCUGCAGCUGAUGGCUCAGUACGGGGACGAGGCAACACUAUUCAAAGUGGCAAAGAUACUAGAAAGUUCCAGGAAACAAAGCUAA